CACACUGGACACAUGCUGCAAAGGUCGAAACUCGUUGUGCUGUACAUUUGAAAGGCUUGAAAGUUGAUUUUAUAUUUCCUAUUGGUUAUUUGAAAAUAAAACCUUUUUUUAUCAUCAACCCUGGUUCCGGAGCACUAACCUGUUUGGAGUUGCUGUACCUGGUGGGACCCGGUGUUUGGAUCAACAACCCUGUAUUGGGAGAAACAACCAUAUGGUCUGAGCCAGCUUUUAAGUGGCUCACAAAUUUGUCUCUAUCUUGUAACCUUCCUAAAAGAGGUUUACCCAAUUUGUGCACCUGUCACCUUGACCUGUUCUUUACACUGGACAAUAUAACAGCAGACUGUGCUGAAAGUAAGAGGAGGAUUAGGCUCCUGCAGACCUACAGACAGACAAGAAUUAUUUCCGUGAAGACAUGUUUGCUAUCGAUCCAGUCUCGGUGCUUCUUUCAAUAACUGUCUUACUUUUAUUGCUAAAUACUUUUUAUCAACGGAAAGGAAAUAACUACAAAAACUUCCCUCCAGGACCAAAACCGUGGCCAGUUAUUGGAAAUUUGCACAUUUUGGAUAAAAGAAAACCAUUUAAAACAUUUCAAAUGUUAGCUGAGGAGUAUGGCUCUGUAUUCAGUUUUCACAUGGGAAUGAAGAAAGUGGUUGUACUGUGCGGCUCCGAUACAGUGAAAGAUGCUCUUGUCAACCACGCAGAUGUGUUUUCUGGGAGACCUGUCGUACCCAUCUUCCAUGAUGCAUUAAAGGGAUAUGGUAUCGUUUUUGCUGAUGGUGAAAACUGGAAAGUGAUGAGAAGAUUUUCUCUUACAACAUUACGAGAUUUUGGAAUGGGGAAAAAAGUUAUAGAAUCUCUGAUUAACGAGGAAUGUGAUUCAUUGGUGGAAGUAUUUAAAUCAUACAAAGGAAAGCCAUUUGAGAACACAUUGAUAAUAAAUGGAUCUGUAUCCAACGUUAUUGUAUCUGUACUACUUGGCCAUCGUUUUGAUUACAAUGACCCAACAUUUGUGAAGCUUAGGGGCUUAAUCAACUCAAAUUUUAAGGUUUUGGGAAGUCCUAUGGUUUUGCUGUACAACAUUUUUCCAUCUUUGGUUCGCUUGUUACCUGGAAGUCACAAUAUAUUUUCAGAAAAUAUACAGAAAUUGACUACUUUUAUUAAAGAAACGUUUGCAAAACACAAGGAUCAACUGGACGUAAAUGACCAAAGAAAUCUCAUUGAUGCAUUUCUUGUCAAGCAACAAGAGAUUGUUUUUCCUUUUUAUUUUACUAUUCAGGAAAAACCCAAAGGAUUAUUUUUCCAUGAUGAUAAUUUAACAGCUCUUGUGAGCAACUUGUUUGCAGCAGGAACGGAAACGACAUCCACGACCCUUCGAUGGGGCAUUCUGCUAAUGAUGAAAUAUCCAGAGAUCCAAAAAAAUGUCCAAAAUGAAAUAGACAAUGUGAUUGGAUCUUCUCAGCCUCAAACAGAACACAGAAAGGACAUGCCGUAUACAGAUGCUGUCAUUCAUGAAAUUCAAAGGUUUGGUAACAUUGCACCUAACAACCUUCCACAUGCAACUAAUUGUGAUGUCACAUUUAGAGGAUAUUUUAUUCCUAAGGGAACAGAGGUCCUCCCAAUUCUGGCAUCUGUCCUGCAAGAUAAGGCUUAUUUUGAGAGACCAGAAGAGUUUUAUCCUCAGCAUUUUCUUGACUUAAAAGGAAAUUUUGUGAAGAAUGAAGCAUUUCUUCCAUUUUCAGCUGGUCGAAGAAGCUGUGCUGGGGAAAACUUGGCUAAAAUGGAAUUGUUCCUGUUCUUUACAAGACUUAUGCAGAAAUUUACAUUCCAGUCUCCACCUGGUGUAGAGAUCGAUCUCACCCCUGUAUUCGGCAUCACUUUAAGCCCUUCUGUGCAUGAGAUCUGUGCUUUGCCACGUAACUAGGGCACAUUUUUGAUGAUGACUAUUUGGAUAAAAAAUAAAACAGAUUUCAAAAUAAUCUAAAGAAUAAUCCAUAUAUAAUUAAUAUGUGUAAAUAUUUACCUCUAUUUGUAUUUUUUUGUUUGUUUUACUGGUAUACAGACACUGUUUAAAAAUA